GCGGGGUGAGUUCUGGACCGGGAUAUAACAUCAUUGCUCCCCCAUCGUUCAAUUGCCUUCGUCCGACCACCCACAAUUCAGUUCUCCAGCCACGCCAUCGUUUUCAACACCAGGAUACCAUGCGGACUUUUACCAUCCUCAGCUCUUUGACUGUAUUAGCAGGCCUUGUCAAAGCAGCAGACUACGGCCCCUGCCCCUACAAAGAAAACGAGAAUUGCUGGGAGAUUAUGGAUAACACCGCUUGUUUUCUUAAUCCGACGAGCACGGAGCAGAUCUUUACUUGUAUCCCUGGGGGGAAGGAGGGUGUCUGCGCCUGCUACGGCUGUCUCGGAUACACGCCCGUUACCGAGUUAAUUCGGAAGGAGGCUGCUUGCCAAGGCGUGAACACUGACCCGCCGACGCCGGCGCCGACGGUUUCUGGUCUGGCAGCACAACCUCCAUCUGGGGAUCUAGUCCUCCCGACUACGACCUCCACCAAUUAUAUGCAGCACGGGAGACAGGAAUACAGCCAUUCAGAUGCUACUUCCGGAGCCCUGGGCCUUCUUGUCGACCAGUCCGUUAUCGACCCUGCGCUCUUGCACAGCGCGGCAGUUGAUCUCGACAUGAGCUCCAGCUACCCCUACUCUUUAGAGGAAGCCAGAGCUCUCCAGACGAAGCAUUUUGAAAGACGUCUUCGCCGCCGCUCAAACCGCCGGCAUCGUUCCGACCCCCAGCCACGCUCAUGUCCCAUCAAAGGCUGCAUGUUCAAAGCAUUGACGAAAAGGGAUAUGCAACGCCACAUCGACAGUCUCCAGCACCGCGAGGAUCUAGGAGACCUGAAUGCCGCUGGGUACACCUUGAGCGAGGAGACCGCCUGCUCCGUCGUUGGCUGCGAAGCAAUUUUUUAUCGGAAGGACAAUCUGAAGAGACACAUGGCAAAGAUACACGAGCGUGGGCGUGGGUCACUGAUCUAUGGGGAGGCCUAA